GUAGAAUAAGAUUAAAAUCAAUCGAAAUGCGACUAAUUCUUGAGUUUCUUUUUAUUCUAAGCAUAGCUUCCAGCUUUGGAGCAACGUUGGUCAACGAAUUGAAAAGUAAAAAUGUUAGUGAUAAUCAAAAAAUCAGUGAAAACGAAUUCUCAUCAAGAUUUGUGACUGAAGUUGGUGAACAAUCUGUCAAAUUUUACGUAUACAACCGUGAAAAUUUGGAAACGCCAGAUUUCGUAGAGUCUAAUGUCGAAUCAAUCAUAAGAACUAUUUACAAUCCGCUCAAACCAACUGUUUUCUCAAUACAUGGUUGGUUAAGCAACAAGGACUCAGAUGAAAAUAAAAUAAUUGUUCCGGCAAAGCUUGAGCAAGAAGAUUGCAAUGUGAUUGUGGUGGACUACAGUUUGGUUUUGUCGGAACAGAGUACUGAGGAUAUUGCAUCAUAUGUUGGUGCCAAAGUUGCAGAUUUCAUUUUGCUAUUGUACACGUAUUUUGAUGUGAAGAUAUCAAAUAUACAUGUAGUUGGUUUCAGUAUGGGUGCACAAACAUCUGGUUUUGUUGGACAAUUCGUUUAUAAAUCAACUGGUGAAAAAAUAGCAAAAAUAACUGGUUUAGAUCCAGCUGGAGGCAUGUACAAUUCUCUUCCAGAAGAUGAACGUUUAUCAGCAGAUGAUGCACAUUUCGUUGAAGUUAUACACACCAAUGGUGGCAUAGUUGGCUACUACGCACCUUGUGGUCAUGCUGAUUACUAUCCAAACGGUGGUAGAAUUCAACCUGGUUGUAGUGUUAUUGAUUUGGGUUGCUCUCAUUUACGUGCUUUUGAGUUGGUUGCUGAAAUGUGGUCAGCUAAAAAUGAAUAUGUCGUAUUGAAAUGUGCAUCAACCAGUCAAAUGAGUUUGGACCAAUGCUCUUGGGUUAAUGUCAAUAUGGGCAAAAAUUCUGAACGUCCUGGUAUUUAUUACUUACAAACGAAUAAUGCUACUCCCUUCGGAAAGGGUAGUUAUGUGCGAACGUUUUUAUAAUAAUGUACAAUAAUAAAAAAAAUUAAUUUUAUUUGGAAAA